AUGGCUGCCUAUUGUAUUUACAAUUUUCUUCCACCUGUUUCGUCUGAUUUGGAUUUGUUAUUUCAUGAUUUUGAAAAAGAAACUUGUCAUGAUUAUAAAACAUUUGCAACAUUAUGGAAACAUCAUAAAUUUGAAUAUUUUUUCAAAAUAGCCGACAUACAACCAAAUUCAUUUCGUUUUUUUUUGGAUGAUUCGAUGACUGUAGCCGCUGCUUAUCUAUGUGAACCAUGGCGUUUACCAAUUCGUAUUGGUGCAUUAUAUUGUUUAUUUACACUAUAUAUUAGUCAAAUUGAAGAACCAAAAAUAAAGAUUCGUUUGCCAUUAGAAUCAUGGAAUGAUUUAAUAUCAAUGAUGGAAGUUAUUGAUCAGACACAAAAUGAUGGAAAAAUUAUGUUCUUAAAAAUGAUUGCUGAUAAUGCAUUUUCAAUAUCGGCAACAAGACACGAAGUACGAUUUUAUAUUGAUAAAUUUCGUGUGAUUUAG